UUGUACACUCAAGUACUUUCAGACAAACAAAUAUAUAUACAUAUACAGGACAAAACACAAUACACAAAUAUACGAAAGUUUCGUUAAAAUGACGGUCCACAGAUUAAGAAAGAUUCACACCAUUAGGCAGAAAAGGAGGAAACACGGGACAUGUACGCUCGAUUAUGACGAUGAGCGCCUUUGGGAAUCGGGCUACCUAAGAGCCAGGUGUAAGGAACUCAAGUUGGAGGAGGAGUAUCAGAAGUAUCAAGUUCGCCUGAUGAACAGUUACCUCGGAGUCUUCUAUAUUUUGCAUAUUGCUGUCACCGUUAUCUAUGUUGCACAGCUGUUGCUAUUGACCGACCACACGUAUCGCGUCUAUCCAGACGUUGCUACCCAUAUACUAUUAGUGGUUUUAAUGCUAUUGGUUUUGAGCGUCAAUUUCUUCGAGGACUUUGUGAUACGCCACAGAUGGGUAAGGGUGUUUACCUCGGUUGUGGCCUCACUUCUUUUAUUGACCGCAGAUUUGGGACUGAACGCAUAUCACUAUAUCGUCCACGACUGGCCCAUUAUAUCCGCAAUGGACAUAUAUUCGCUCUGCAUGAUCUACAUGUUUCUGCCGAUUCCCUCCAUUAGGGCGGCAGCUCUCCUUGCGCUCUUCGUCAGUGUGUUGUAUGUGUUGUAUUACUUCCAAGUGGUCUACUUCCUCUCGAAGUACGCCUCUCGUUCCGCUCACACCUAUGACUUGUUCAUGUUGGACGUCUUCCACUAUUUUGGUUUUAACGUGAUGGGAAUUUUCUUCCGCAUGAUGAACGACACUAUGGUUCGGUCGUCAUUCCUCGACCGCCAUCAGUUCAUCAUGGAGGAGAAUUGGCUGCGCGACGCCCUGCACCAAGAGGCAAAGCUGCUGCACAACAUUUUGCCGCCACAGAUCGCCAAGACAUACAUGGGGAGCAUCAAGGACAAGAUCAUGCAGGCGGAUAGUGACACGGAGUUCGGAUUACGAAACUACCAGAGCUCCAUGGCCGUGCAGAUCCAUUCAGACGUGAGCAUCCUGUACGCGGACGUGGUGAAUUACACUCACCUGACCACGACUUUGUCGGUGGAGAAACUGGUUAUGGUGCUGCACGACCUCUACGGCCGAUUUGACAUGGCUGCCGCUAUUUACAAGGUCCAGAGGAUCAAGUUUCUGGGCGACUGCUACUACUGUGUGGCCGGUCUGGUUGAGCCCGACCCAGAUCAUGCGGAGAAUGCCGUGUCCCUGGGCCUCUCCAUGAUUUCCCACAUACAGGAAGUGCGGGAAACACGCGAUCUGGAUAUCGACAUGCGCAUAGGAAUCCACUCGGGAAGUCUCUUCGCCGGGGUUAUUGGCCAGGCCAAGCUGCAGUUUGACAUUUGGGGAGCCGAUGUGGACAUUGCCAACCAUUUGGAGGCUACGGGUAAAGCGGGCUACGUUCACAUCAGUGGCAGGACUUUGAGCAACUUAACCCCGUCCAUGUACACGAUUCUUCCGGGAACGGAAGAAGCCCAGAAUGAUCCCGUGCUGCAGAAGCACCCGAUGAACACAUACCUCAUAACCGGCACUCCGUCGGCGAUCCCGUCGCGAAGAGUCACACAUUAUAGAUGGCACCAAUCAGCCAUGGACAUAAAGUCACGACCAAAUAUAGAAUCCUGGAGCUCUUAUAACUCGGUGACCGAAGAGUUACGUGAGGAGUUUGACAAGAUGCCAGUGGGUGGCUUAGGGUGGUAUCGACGGUGUUGUCGAUAUGGCGAAGCCCCAAAGAAUGAAAUGCGGGAAAUCGGACUCUUUUGUGCGACGUUCAAAGAUAAAACGCUGGAAAAGAAUUAUCUGCAGCAGCCGGACUAUAUCUUCAAGGGCUCAAUACUGAUGGCCUGGCUAAUUGGGGUUUGCAUGAUCUACAUUCAGAUCAUUGGCAAUGAUGAUAUUUGCAGACUAUGUGUUGCCGGCCAUAUGGUUGUAUUCACUCUCCUGACUUUUCUGCUAUUCAUCUCGUGGUACAAGAAAGUGUGCUGGUGGAGAGAUGGGCAGAACGAAUACAAGAAGUACAGCAAAUUUAGUUGUAUAAUAUUCCACGUAUACGAAAAGAUCCAGCGCAGUUUAUUCCUAAGGAUUACUUGCUACUUCCUGACUAUAGGCUGUUACUACUCUUCGCUCUGCAUGAUUCUGGUGGACUGCGACAAAAAUAAGUUUGAUCUGGAAUUCAUUGAGAGCAAGCUCUACCACUACGAUAUAAGUUAUACCACAUGCUUCUCUCCGUGGACCUUUACGAACAUGAUGGCGCUCAUUUUGGGAAUGAGCUACACCUUUGCCCGGAUCCCGUUCGCCCUCAAAACCUGCAUCGGCUGCAUGGAGGCCUUCGUCUACUUGCUGAUUCUGUUUUUCGAAUACCAUUUCGUAUUCCAGCACAGCAACACUACGGCUCCCUUUCUGCCAUCGGAAGUAGCGCACUGCGACCGCAUUUUGCUCAUGUUGGUCACUCUUUACAUGAAGGAGCGUCGAAUCGAAUUCAAUGCCAAAACCAACUACAGGCUGAACGUUAAUUUGAAGAACAAGCAACAGGCUGCGACUGCAACUAACCAAUCAAUCAUAAUUCUGCUUAACAACAUUCUUCCUGCUCGUGUUGUCGACAUUUAUCUAAAUAAAUUAGCCCAACAUGAGCUCUACUAUGAAAAUUACCGAAUGAUCUCCGUAAUGUUUGCCAAGCUAAUGAACUUCAAAAUGGAUUUGCCCAGCCUACGCGUGCUAAAUUGCAUAAUCACUGAGUUCGAUAUUCUGCUGAGUCGCUACAAGGAGUAUUACAUGGUUGAAAAGAUCAAGGUCGUUGGUUGCACUUAUAUGGCAGCAUGUGGCUUAGAUUUCUCCAUGGUAUCAUCGGUUAGAAAGGGGCGCCUCACUGAUCUCGAACGGGAUCGCAGCAUUAGCCGCGAAGAGACUUUAGAUAGUAAUGACGAUACCUACGAUGGAGUGGUCUACCUGAUGACAACCUUCGCUUUGGACCUCAUGCGUACCCUGGCUUCGUGCAAUAGGGCCUACGACAGCAUGCCCAUUGAUCGGAGCCUGUCGAGCACUGAGAUAGCCAUUGGAAUUUCCAGCGGCGAGAUAAUGGCUGGCGUAGUGGGCGCUUCACAGCCGCAUUACGACAUUUGGGGCAAUCCGGUAAACAUGGCCUCUCGGAUGCAGUCGACGGGUCUGUCGGGUCACAUACAAGUGACAGAGGAGUCCGCAAAAAUUCUCAUGGACUACGGUAUCCUCUGUCGUCCGCGCGGUCUCACCUUCGUGAAGGGACGCGGCAAAAUUCCGACAUACUUUGUAGAAUUAGACGAAAAUUUGAGCUUUGUUUCAACGAACCCUAAUAUGACACUGGAAUCUCUGAAGUUUUUAUCAAACUUUUCUGGGGAAGAAGAGCUUAACGAAUCGGACAAAGGUGAGACUAAAGGAUCAACGCGGUUGAACACAUAGUGAGCUCUGAUUCGAAGACGAAUUCGAAGCUAAAGCGCUCAUCCUUUGUCCUCGGAUCCAUCUUAGUCUCAGCGCGCAGUAUGUUUGCAGUCUGAGUUGUGUAUUUUAUUUAUG